UGUCUCUUCAGAUUACAUCCCAAAUCUUUAGCAAAGAUGCAAUGCACCCGUAAAUUUAUGAAAUCUCAUAUAUCCGAAGAUCUAGAAUUCAAAUCUGAAUAUCGUUUCCGGCUCAAUUCCAGUCUGCUUCACAUCUCCAGAGGUGGCUCCACGUUGGUGUGCUUCCACCCUUUGGGUGAUUCUAGGCUAUUCCUAAACAACGAUGUCUUAGAGAGGUCGUGCCAGAUCCUUGGUUACUGUUUCGGCCUUCUUCUACUCUUGAUUGAUGGAUAUUCUUUGUCAAGAACCACAAUCAUGUGCCUCUCAAGUGACCUCAUGACGGAAAUGAAACUUGUUUACUUGGACAGCACACUUCACUGGUUGAGAAACGACAGAAGUAUCAUAGCUUUCAAUCCCAGAAUUGAGCAAGCACGGUAUAUCAUUCCGAGAAAACCCCACCUGGAACCGGUCACAAAACUCUUGUUCGGUGUCGGCGAUAACUGCCUGACAUUGAUAUCGGCAACCAUGGAGAUGAUUUACGUUUUUACUCUUGAAAGUAUCCACACCAAUCCUAAAUGGAUCCUCACAAGACAGAUCAGGAAUGAGGCGGUAAACGAAAGUAUUAUGUUGUCCUGGGACGUGAAGGCCUACGACGUCAAGUGUUUAGUGGUGAGGACAAUGACUAAUCUUACAGAUCACCGAGUGGUUUAUGGCUAUGACUUGAAAGUGAAUAAGUGGGGAAUAGUGGGAUCGAUGCCAAGGAUGUUUGAUGGAUUGCGAGACUUUUUUCUGUAUCAGCAUCGUGGUUUUCUGUUAUCGGAGUAG